AUGAAAGCCGGCUUGGUAACAGGAGCUUGUCUCCUAGCGUUCACGCUUGGUGCCAAUGCCAAACCUAUAAACAAGGCUACCGCCGCGCGGAGCGGUAAGGCCACUACAUACAAGCCUGUGGCUUUCACUUCUGCCAGUCCAAACAAGGUCAGCUCCAAUGUUCUGGAGCUGACCAAGAUCAAGUCUGCGAAGGGAAACAAGCGCAGUGCUGCCUGGAACUUAUUUAGCGGAAGCAGCCAGCUCAUCUCCCUGGAGACUGGUGAGGAGUUUGCCACAGAGAUCGAUAUUGCGGGUCAAAAGUUUCAAGUCAUCGUCGAUACCGGCUCUAGUGAUACCUGGGUCGUCGGGAGCGGAUUCGAGUGUGUCUCUGUCUCCAACUCCAGUGAUGUUGUUUCCGAGUCCGACUGUGCGUUUGGUUCCACAUACACCCCCAGCUCCUCCUUCACGCAGAUCUCUGGAGAGUUCUUCAGCAUCACCUAUGGUGAUGGCGAGUUCCUGAAUGGCAUCAUGGGUACCGAUCAGAUCACCUUAGCAGGGGUGGAGGUGACCCAGGAGAUGGCUCUGGUCAACUAUGCUGGGUGGGACGGCGAUGGAGUUACUUCCGGUCUGACGGGUCUUGCAUUCCCUGCUCUUGCAUACUCUAACUCCACGAACCAGCAAAUUGAAUACAACCCCAUCUUCACCACUAUGUAUGAAGAGGGCAAAAUUCUGCCGCUCUUCAGUCUGGCCAUCCUUCGUGAUGUCUCUGGCCCGUCUGGAUAUCUUACACUCGGAGGUCUUCCUCCGAUAGAUUUCGUGCCCCACUUCACCAGUACACCUAUUUUGAUUACCAACAUCCAGGGAUAUCCCACUACCUACGACUUUUACACCAUCAAUAUUGAUAGCCUCCGGUUGAACAAAAAGGAAAUUACCGCUGCUGGGGGCUCUAGCAUUCAAUAUAUUGUUGACUCUGGCACCACUCUCAAUUACUACCCCACGGAAUUUGCCAACCAAGUCAACGCCGCGUUUGAUCCUCCAGCUGUCUACAGCGAUGACGACGGUGUCUACAUCGUGGACUGCAACGCCAAGGCACCCCGACAUGGAGUUACUAUCAACGGCAAGACCUUCUAUAUCAAUCCCCUAGAUAUGAUUCUCAACGCUGGAACGGAUUCAAAUGGCAAGACAAUUUGCAUCAGCGGCGUCGAUGACGGUGGGUCUAGCUUGACGCAAGAUGUCUUCAUUCUCGGCGACACUUUCCAGAAGAACGUGGUGUCGAUCUUUGACGUCGGCGCUGCGGAGAUGAGAUUCGCUCCGCGGGAAUACUAUUCAUCGAACGACGAUUAUUGA